ACGUCUGGUUACAUUGCUCAUGACACCGGUCUAUUGCCUGAUAACACUACGCGCGAGUCUUCGACGAAGACCGAUCGUUGAAAGAAUUAGUGUAUUUAACCUAAAAAAAUUUUACUUUAGGAAAAGUUCACAUAGUGUUUUAGAAAUUUAUAGUUUUCACUAUGACUGAUGAAAAGAAAGAAGUUCGUGUAUGGUGCGACGGAUGUUAUGACAUGGUGCACUUUGGUCAUGCAAAUUCCCUGCGUCAAGCGAAGGCAUUAGGCAACUAUCUGGUGGUCGGUGUGCACACAGAUGCAGAAAUCACUAAACACAAAGGUCCACCUGUCUUUACAGAAGAAGAAAGGUACAAAAUGGUGCGUGGGAUAAAAUGGGUGGAUGAGGUGGUUGAAGGAGCCCCCUAUGUGACCACACUAGACACGUUGGACAAAUACAACUGCGACUUCUGUGUCCAUGGUGAUGACAUCACCAUAACAGCUGAUGGAGUAGAUACUUACCACCUAGUAAAAGCAGCUGGUCGCUACAGAGAAGUGCAACGAACUGCUGGCGUAUCAACGACAGACUUGGUCGGACGUAUGCUUCUGAUGACUCGUCAACAUUUCAAACAAGGCGACAGCGAAUACACCGUUGACAAAGAACCAAGCAACUUCAUGGGGCAGGAUCGAACUGCGCGAAGUCCAUGGACAGGCUGUUCGCAGUUUCUGCCAACCACACAGAAAAUAAUUCAAUUCAGCGACGGAAAGAGUCCCCAGCCUGGAGACAAAAUAGUUUACGUGGCUGGUGCAUUUGAUCUCUUCCACGUAGGACAUUUAGACUUCUUAGAGGUUGCAAAGAAACAAGGUGAUUAUUUAAUUGUGGGACUCCACACAGACCCUGUGGUAAACCGAUACAAGUGUGGAAACCACCCAAUUAUGAAUUUACAUGAACGAGUACUCAGCGUUCUAGCUUGCAAGUAUGUGAACGAGGUAGUUAUUGGUGCCCCAUAUGAAGUUACGCAGGAUCUUAUGGAGCAUUUCGAUGUUUCAAUCGUGUGCCAUGGUCAGACUCCUAUCAUGCCUUGUGAAGAUGGUUCUGAUCCCUAUGCAGAACCGAAAAGGAGGAAUAAGUUUAAGUUGUUGGAUAGUGGGAAUGAUAUGACGACGGAAAAAAUUGUACAACGCAUUAUUCUCCAUAGAUUCAUUAAUAAUUCCAGGUUGGAAUUUGAAGAUAGGAACCUCCGAAAAGAAAAAAAGGAGCUGGCUGUCCAUGAAGCUUUCCGUGAGGCCCAGAAAAGGAAAUAGUUCUACUGAAGAUGGUUUGUAAAUAUAUAUAUCACAUUAGAUAUUUAUAAUUUCAAUUUCUUCGGAACCAUGUAUAUUUUUAUUGGCGAGUGUAAGUAUUACAGAUUUUAGUCAAUCGAGUAGAAUUUUAGAUUCGUAGCUGGAAAUCUUUAUUAAACUCGAUCAAUCGAUCGAGUAUUUUUCAAUUUGAAGUUUUAAAUUAACGGAAUUUGGGGAAAAUUUUAAUUUAACACUCUGUUUCACUUGAAAUUUCGAUUUUAAAAUUCUAUUUCAAACAUUUGCACGCAUUUAACUUAUUUAAUGAAAUAGAAUGAUUGUGUAAUGAUAAUUAAAAUUAAUUAAUUUUUAUGUAUGUGGUUUAGAGGGUUUCGGUGAAAUAAUUACGAGCAAGAAAAAAUAAUUUAGAAAAUUUAUUUUGCAAUAAAUAAUAAACCUAAGAAGUCAACGUACAUUAUUAAAGUACAAGUAUAAUAAAUAUUUGAGCGUGUGUAUGUUUUCUGUGUAUGUACAUUGUGUCAAAGUUAUGUGUGAAUUGUUGAAGAAACCAGCGAACAAUAAUGAGUAUACUUAUUGCUACUGAAUGAAUAAACGCACUGUUUCAGGUCACGUAAUAGCACUGCACGCAUGAAUUUUAUUUAUAAUUAGUUUACACAGAGUGGUGGAGAGAUUUGGAUGCUAGUGGGAAAUUAAUUGUGGAAAGUAAAAUAUUAUAAUUAACAUUCCACAGUGUGGGAGAACAAAUUUUAUUUGUGAGUAACUCAUAAAAAUUGUAUAUUUAUUUUAAAUAAAUUUUGACAAAUUUAUAUUUAUUUAUAAAAGUUUGUCUGAAAUUCAAUUCAAAAAAUUGAAGUGUAGAAAUUAAUUUAUUAUGUUAGUUUAUAAAUUUCUAAUUCAUUAUUCACGAAUGAAAUUUGCAAGACUAUGGUCUUUUGUGCGGUUAGAUUUAUGAAACGUGUGAUGGGUGGACGAGUUUGAUUUUAAUUGAUGUAAAUUUAAAUCUCUGUGAUUUUUUCAAUUAUAAAUAAUGUUACAGUAAUGUAUGGUGAAUUUAUUUAAUUGUAUAAAAUUUG